ACGCCGUCAUCAGAACUAGACAGCGGCGCGGUCACGUGCUCCUCGCACAGAAUACUCCAGAUCAAAGAUGGCGGCGUACAUGAGAAUGUGGAGAUCAUACCGUCCAGGGUCCAGAAGCAUCAGCACAGCUUCCUCAGCCGGAGCGGUCAUGAUCAGAGCCGGAUUAAACGCGUUAUUCCCGCGGGAUCCGCUCAGCGGGAGCCGCUUCAUCCACAUCCAGCGCUCGUAUUCCAGCAUUUCCAGCAGAAAGUCAUUACACAACGCGAGAAUCACAGCAUCCAUGGUGACUGACAGAUGGAGUCGCGUCACCGCGGGCUCCGGGAGCCUCGGCAGCGGCUGUCAGAGGAGGUUUCUCUUCGGGAACAAGGGCAGCGGGUUUUCUGGAGAGGACGGGGCGGAGAGCAGCGGUGGAGCUCCAGAUGAGUCUGGAGGGGAUGAAGGUCCGUACUCUCCUCCUCAGAUGACCGCGCUCACCCCGAUGCUCGUGCCCGAGGUCUUCCCGAACGUGCCUCUCAUCGCUGUCAACAGGAAUCCCGUGUUUCCCAGAUUCAUCAAAAUCAUUGAGGUGAAAAACAAGCAGCUCAUGGACCUGCUGAGGAGAAAAGUUCGUCUCGCUCAGCCAUACGCAGGGGUUUUUUUGAAGAAAGAUGACAAUAACGAGUCGGAUGUGGUGGAGAGUCUGGAUGCCGUUUACCACACCGGGACGUUUGUGCAGAUCCACGAGAUGCAGGACCUCGGAGACAAGCUUCGUAUGAUUGUGAUGGGACACAGAAGGAUCCGCAUCAAUAAGCAGCUGGAUGUUGAGCCGGAGGAGCCCGUGUCCCUGGAGGUCGAGGCUGAAGGUGAACACUCGAAAGCCCCGCGCCGGAAGCAGAAGAGAUCCCGCAAGGAUUCGGUGCCGCUGGCGGAGGUGAUGGAGGGGAAGGUGCGGGAAGCGGAGUUGGUGGUGGAGGCGCUUCCUCUGCCCAGCGUCCUCAUGGUGGAGGUGGACAACGUGAUCCAUGAGGACUUCCAGGUCACAGAAGAAGUCAAGGCUCUGACUGCUGAGAUCGUCAAGACUAUACGUGACAUUAUUGCUCUGAAUCCACUGUACAGAGAGUCUGUGCUCCAGAUGAUGCAGGCGGGUCAGAGAGUGGUAGAUAACCCGAUAUACCUGAGCGACAUGGGGGCGGCACUGACAGGGGCUGAAUCUCACGAGUUACAGGACGUCCUGGAGGAAACAAAUAUUCCCAAACGACUCUACAAAGCACUUUCUCUGCUAAAGAAGGAAUACGAGCUGAGUAAACUACAGCAGCGUCUCGGGAGGGAGGUUGAGGAGAAGAUAAAGCAGACACACAGGAAGUACCUCCUCCAGGAGCAGCUGAAGAUCAUUAAGAAGGAGCUCGGCCUGGAGAAGGAGGACAAAGACGCCAUUGAGGAGAAGUUCAGGGAGAGGUUGAAGGAUCGCACCGUACCUCAGCACAUCAUGGACGUUAUUAACGAGGAGCUGAACAAACUGGGGCUGUUAGAUAACCACUCCUCAGAGUUCAACGUUACCCGUAACUACUUAGACUGGCUGACCUCCAUGCCGUGGGGCACCAACAGUGUGGAAAACCUGGAGCUGGGCCGGGCCAAAGAGGUGUUGGAAGAGGACCACUAUGGAAUGGAUGACGUCAAGAAACGGAUUCUGGAGUUCAUUGCUGUAAGCCAGCUUAAAGGCAGCACACAGGGAAAGAUCUUGUGUUUCUAUGGACCUCCUGGAGUUGGCAAGACCAGUAUCGCCCGUUCGAUCGCCAGAGCACUUAAUCGCGAAUACUUCCGUUUUAGCGUGGGAGGAAUGACAGAUGUGGCGGAAAUUAAAGGCCACAGGAGAACAUAUGUUGGUGCAAUGCCAGGAAAGAUCAUCCAAUGUCUAAAGAAAACUAAGACUGAAAACCCAUUGGUCCUUAUUGAUGAGGUUGACAAAAUUGGUCGAGGUUACCAGGGUGACCCAUCUUCUGCGCUACUUGAGCUUUUAGACCCAGAACAGAACGCAAACUUUCUUGACCACUACCUGGAUGUGCCUGUUGACCUGUCCAAGGUGCUUUUCAUUUGUACGGCCAAUGUUCUCGACACCAUCCCAGAACCCUUAAGAGACCGAAUGGAAAUGAUCAACGUAUCAGGCUAUGUUGCUCAGGAGAAAUUGGCCAUUGCGGAGAGAUACUUGGUACCCCAGUUGCGAACUCUAUGCGGGUUGGAUGACCAGAAGGCGAAAAUAACCCCUGAGGCUCUGAACUUGCUCAUCAGACAGUACUGCCGGGAGAGCGGCGUCAGGAACCUUCAGAAGCAAGUCGAGAAGGUACAACUCGCUUGUUGGUGUUCCAGAAAAGUAGCGUUCCGGAUUGUCAGCGGUGAUGAAACGGCGGUCAACAUCACCCCGGACAACCUCCAGGAUUACGUCGGGAAGCCCAUCUUCACUGUGGACCGAAUGUACGAUGUCACACCGCCGGGAGUUGUUAUGGGCCUGGCGUGGACGGCAAUGGGCGGUUCGACGCUGUUCAUCGAGACCUCUCUGAGGCGACCGAGGGAACCGCAGGGGAAAGACGGUGCCAAAGAUGGAACGCUGGAGCUCACGGGGCAGCUGGGAGACGUGAUGAAGGAAAGCGCCAAGAUCGCGUACACGUUCGCCCGCUCCUUCCUCAUGAAGGAACAACCUGAGAACGAGUUCCUCGUGGGAUCCCACAUCCACCUCCAUGUGCCUGAGGGUGCGACUCCUAAAGACGGGCCGAGUGCCGGAUGCACCAUCGUGACGGCUCUGCUGUCCUUGGCCACCAACACACCAGCGCGUCAGAACGUGGCCAUGACGGGAGAAGUGUCCCUGACCGGGAAGAUCCUGCCUGUCGGAGGAAUCAAGGAAAAGACCAUUGCUGCGAAGAGAGCCGGCGUCACCUGCAUCAUCCUGCCUGCAGAAAACAGGAAGGACUUCUCGGAUCUGGCCGACUACAUCACAGAAGGACUAGAAGUGCAUUUUGUGGAAAACUACAGCGAGAUCUACAAAAUCGUGUUCUCCGGACAGUAGCCAGUCGUGCCGUUUUACUAGUUUUAUCUUUUGCUACGUGAAAUCACAAGCACACAGAAGCAGGCGCCACAUGAACUCCAUCCUUCUGUUGUUGAGUUUUUACCCCACAGACGUUGGGACGCGGAUCGGAAAGUCUGGGAUCUGGACGUCACCGUGAUCCCUGAAGUGUUGGAGACUCUGGGAUCCUGCAGUCGCUGCUACGCAGCCCGUAUUGAUGAUUUUAUACUCUCAUCCCAUUUCAUCUCAUCUGGAGUGUCAUAUUUGUAAAUAACUGCCUUAAAUGUAUUCCUUCAAAUCAUUUACAAUAAAUAUAAUUUAUGCAACA